AUGACCUCCCAACUAUCCGAUGAGAUUCUGCCCUCUCCAGAGAGAUACUCUCCGAGCAGCCCAACAAAUUUGGCAGGCCAGAUCCCAUUAGAGCAACCACCAAAGCUCAAGGGUCGUCAGAAGUUACUGCAGAACCUCCAACGAAUGUCAUCCAGUCCGACGCUGACCAGACGCGGACGAUCCUCAUCAACGACCAGCUACCGCCGAGAUAAUAAGGCCUCUCUCUCUUGUGUUUCGUUAUCGUCGACUUCCUACUCGCCCUGUCUAGGCAAUGGAAGUUCCUCCCAGCUAUAUGGCGGCCUCAACCCUCGGCCUGCUACUCCCGGCUGUUCUGGUUCUUCUGGCGAGCCUUACGGCACAAACGCUCGAAUUCGUUUGAUGGACGCUGAUGGCCCUAGUUUCACUACACCUCGCACCGUGCCUUUGCCCUUUGAUGUGAGACCAGCAUCGCACGGGUCACCACGCACUGCGACCCCCAUGGGAGUAAAGGUGGAGGAGGAGGUCAUCGUUCCAGAAUCCCAACCGACUAGGUCUUUCAACUUUUGGGGCGAUAUGCCACGAGAGAUUAAGAUGGAGAUCUUCCAACACCUCACCCCGCAAGAAAUUGUUCGCUGCUCUGCUGUGUCCAAAUCGUGGAACGAGAUGUGCUACGACGGCCAAUUAUGGUCCAAGGUUGACACAACCGAGUACUACUCUAAGAUCCCAAGCGAUAUUUUGGUCAAGCUUAUCACUUCCGGUGGUCCGUUUGUCCGAGACCUCAAUCUCAGAGGCUGCGUUCAGCUGCGUGAUAAAUGGUCCACAGACGGAGAACGCAUCUCGGAUCUGUGUCGGAAUGUUGUCAAUUUUUCGCUUGAGGGCUGUCGUAUCGACAGGGCAUCUAUCUACUCUUUCCUCCUUCGCAAUCCCCGUUUGGAACACAUCAAUCUCUCGGGUCUAUCGAGUGUCACAAAUUCGACGAUGAAGGUUAUUGCGCGGUCUUGUCCGCAACUCGAGACGUUGAAUAUUUCUUGGUGCAAUAAUGUCGAUACGACCGGUCUUCUUCGGAUUGCCCAGUCAUGUGAGCGAUUGAAGGAUCUUCGGGCGAGCGAAAUCCGUGGGUUUAAGGAUGAGAAAUUCACUUUGGCUUUGUUUGAGCGCAAUACUUUGGAGCGCUUGAUCAUGAGUCGUACCGACCUGACCGAUAACAGCCUGAAGAUGCUGAUCCACGGCGAAACCCCCGAGAUGGAUAUUCUAAGCGAUCGGCCUAUCGUUCCACCUCGAAGAUUCCGUCAUUUGGACUUGCAUAAUUGCCCUGAAGUGAGCGACGAUGGUUUCAAAAGCCUGGCCUAUAAUGUUCCAGAUUUGGAGGGCCUACAAGUUUCUCAGUGCUCCGACCUGACAGAUGAAUCUGUCAUGGACGUCAUUCGCACGACGCCGAAAUUAUCGCAUUUGGAACUGGAAGAUUUGGAGAACUUGACAAACAGCACCCUGAUAGAGCUGGCCAAAUCCCCAUGUGCGCAACACUUGGAACACUUGAACAUCAGCUACUGUGAGAGCCUCAGCGACACAGGAAUGCUUCAAGUAAUGAAGAGCUGUCCGAAACUCCGAUCCGUCGAAAUGGACAACACCAGAGUGUCCGACCUGACGCUGAUGGAAGCCAGCUUCCGCAUUCGCCGCCGCGGGUACAGCGACGAUCUCCCCCAAGUCGGCCUUCGGCUCAUGAUAUUCGACUGCGCCAACGUCACCUGGGCAGGGGUCAGGGAAGUCCUUUCUAGCAACGCAUACAUCCCGCGUGCCUCCCGCAAACCCGUUUCUACGGUGGUGACGGUGACACAAACCUCAGACGCCAACUCCUCCGCGGCGACUAGUACCUUCGUCACUCCAGCCUCUUCCCCGUCGCCAUCACCAGCGCCAACCUAUCCAAAUGAAAUCAUCCAGCUCAAAUGUUUCUACGGUUGGCAGAUGACCGUCGACGAACACACGAAACGUGUCCUGCGCGGUGACCUCGCUUCUGCAUCCCGGCUGGACCGGAAAUGGGCCGACUAUAUGGUCGCCACGGAGGAGGCUGGCGCCGCCGGUGCUGGUGCUCGCCGACGUCGACGCCGUGCCCGUGAAGCUGAGCGUCUGUACAAUGCAGACGACGAUGACAACGACGCUUAUGGCGUAGGUGCUAUCUCUGCUCUUGGUGGCAGACGCAGGCGAGCGCAGAGUGGUAGUAGCUGUACUGUCAUGUGA